AUGGAAUCAGAUGAGAAGCAUAGUACUAUUCAAGGAAAGUAUCCCGGAUGUGGUGCAAUUUUUAUGUCUAGCAGUUCUACAAAAGACGAGUGUUUUAGACGGAAACUGUUUGGGCUUCCAUCUUUACAAUGGCCAUUUGUAAAGCGGGUAAAAAAGGGAAUGAUUUUGUUUCUCUUUGAUUUUGAGAAAAAAGAACUUCAUGGUGUAUUCCAGGCGUGCUCUGAUGGUGCAAUGAAUAUUGUUCCCACUGCAUGGAGUAGAUCAGGAAAGAAGUUUCCUGCUCAGGUGAGAGUCUACCCAAUUUGGCAUUGUCAUCCACUUCCAGAAUCAGAAUUUGGUGAUGCAAUCAAUGCAAAUUAUUUUUCAAAAGGGAAAUUUUAUUUUGGUCUCUCCAAAGCUCAGGUUUGGAGGCUUCUAAUGUUGUUUAAUUUGAGAAAAUUGAAAACUCCGCAUCCUCAGAGAGCACUAGCCAGAAAUACUGCUGCAAAACUGGUGGAUCAUAAGGACAUUGAUGACGAACUUGAUGAUGGCAGAUUGUCAAGCGAUAAAGUGGGUAAUAUACGUAAAGUGGACAAUGAGUUUGGGUCCAUCAUUCGGAGAAGGUAUCUUGAACAGUUGCCUGGCAAAGUUCAAUGGGAUGAUGCUAAGUUUGGGAAUGGAGUUAAUGUGGAUCUUGAACACAAGGCAUUGCCAUCAAAUGAGCAUACGAGGUCAGGCCAAAAUGGAAGAGUCUAUGGCAACCUGGCAAUGUGUGGAAGGAAAGGAAGUGUCAGUGGUCCUUUUUAUUCCGGAAUGCCUCUUCAAGAAACAUAUUCUUCGGUUCAAGAUCAAAAACCUUCUAGUUAUCAGAUGGAGCCAAUCACUGGCUACUCUAAUGCAGCAUCUCGUGGAGAUGCAAUUAUUAAGAGCAUUCUUCCCUAUGAUCCUGAUGAUCCUGGUAUGAACCUUGCAUAUUCUCAAUUAGUUGGAGAUUUUGAUUCUGUUCAAGACUGUGAAGGCCGGAAUGGAAUUCCUUCCUCUUAUCCUCUAAGUCCCAGUAAUUAUCCUUCCUUUCUGGUUGACCGCAGGCAUCCUGUAGCAAUACAAAAUAAACCAGUGCAUAAAAUAGGACCAUUUACUGCAAAUGUAACUUCAUCAGAGGAGAUACAGUGCCAGUCACCAUGCUGCAGCCAUUCUGCUGACCUUAAGAGUGUGGACUACCACAAAUGUACAUGUUCGGAUCAUAAAAUCUUUGAUAGAAUGCUGUGUUCAGAUCGUCAGGAAAAUAGAAGUAGUGUGUUCUCUCGCCUGAGAUUGAAUACCCCUGGAUGGUGUCUGGAAAACCUUGGCCAUCUUGGUCAUGAGGAAAAUGUUAAUGACACAUCAUCAGUGGAUGAAAUCAUGGCAAUGUUGAGCGAGAGUCACGACUCCCAGAUGGUGUCUGUAAAAUCUAAACUGUGUAAGAGACAGCAAGGGAAUGUAGGGAAGUUUAGGAAUAUAAAGCAGAAUUCUGUGAAGUCUGAGUUUGAAAUUAUUCCAGAGAAGUCAAACACGACUUCUGCUUCACCAACUGGAGAUAAAGAUGAUCAAAGCAGUAAAAACACACUGUUUUUGGACUUCAAGCGGCGGAGUCGCAAAGUCAAUAGUGAUACUAACGGGGAAAGUGCUGGAAGUGAGGGAUUGGUAGUUGGGCAGUGCAAGAGUAGGAAGCUAAUCAGGCCGAACUUCAGUGAGAAUGAGCCACGUAGUUGUGAAGAUGCCGGUGGCAAGAAAAGGAAGCUGGCCAAGUCGAAUUCAUCUCAGGAAUCAUCAGCACAAUGUUCUAUUGGUGAAGCUGCUGGUGGCAAGAGAAGGAAGCUGGCUAGGCCCAAUUUUAGAGAAAAUGAGUCAUCCCUCAUAUCAUGGCCACAAUGUUCUGUUGGUGAAGAUGCUGGUGGAAGUUGCGAGUCUUUUGUUGGAAGCCAAGGUAAGCCAUCAUUACAAGGUGCAGAAUUUUCACACGAAAAUGAGAAGAUAGAUACUGAAUGUUUUUCUAAAUAUGAAAGAGAAAUUGUAGAAGGAAAUUUUGGGGGUUCUCCCAAAAUUGGAGAUGACAGUGGAAAGGAGUGUUUGCAUGCCUAUCCUGUAAAUUCUUGUCUACACGUACAGGCAUCAGUGGAUGAAUCUUCUUUUUCUGAAGAUGCUGAUCUCAAGAAGAAGCUAGAUGGGCCAGAAUUCAGAGAGAACGAGCUAUUCCAAGUAUCACCACAUGAAUGUUCUAGUGGUGAACUUGCUGGUGAAAUUUAUAAGGCAUUGGUUGGAAGUCAAGAGAACAUUGAUGCUCAAAGAUUUACGACAUCUGAAAUGGAAAUUGAACCAGAAAGCUCUGGGGAAUCUCACAAAAUUGGAGAUGAAAGUGGAAAUCCUGUUGGCAGCCAAACUGCCAUCAUCCUUCCCAACCAGCUUGAGUCACCUCAACAGAAAGGAUCCCAGAAUAAUGACUGGGAGGCUCCUCAGUUUGGAGAUAAAGAUGCAAGUGAGUACGAUUUAAGAGAGAGAGAAAUAGAAGUUCAUCUAGAAAGCAUUGUGGAUUCUGUCAAAGGUGGAGAUGAAUAUGGAAUGGAGAGUGUGCAGGUUGUUGGUACGGUUAUUCUUGGUGCACUGGAAAACUCUAUACUUACCAGGCUGUCUGAAGACUUUCCCGAGACUGAUCAGAUGACUGUGCUAGAGUCGAAGAUGCAACCUAAGACCAAUUCCGGAACAAGUGAUGGAUUUUCUGAAAUUGAAGGUGACACAGGCAGUGAACUGGAGGUGCUUCCUAUAGUUGAACUUUGUGCAAACAUAAACGCCUCUAAUCGUGCAGAUGGAAGUAUGGUAAAUAACCAACAAGGAGUCAAUUCUGAGCAGUUGCAGGCGUCCUGCAACUCCAACAAUCACAGAUCACCUCAAGAGGAUGGAUCCAAGAAUAAUUUGGUGGAGAAUAUGGAGUUAGGCGUGAAUGAGGCAAUUGAUGACACCCUAAGAGAAAACAAGAAGCUGUGGAGUAUUUUAACAACUAGACUGCAGCUUCUUAGGAAUGCAAAACAACAAUGA